ACGCCAACGACAAGGUGAGUUCAGUUACUCGACUUUUCGUGCGAUGAAAAUGCCCAGAAUGAGCACGGUUUAUAUGCAGUUGCAUAACAGAACAAUGGACACAAGACGAUGAGGCCAAAGAAUGUGAGCAAAAAUGAAUCUUGGUGAUUAGGCCAAUUCCGUAAAUCCAACAUUCGCAGAAUAAUGCAUGCACACGUAAACUGAAGAGCAACCCCAUCACAUCGACACUUGUUGAAGAAUGAGGUGAUACAUAUGUGCACUUAUUAUGUAUGUAUGUAUUUAUGUGCAUGAGCUUUGGGCGAAGGCUAUUCUCAUCUCAUGUAUUCUACACAAAACUUUUAUUUUUAUCAAUACUUGAUUUAUGACCAAACUCGCGAUAAAUAAUGCAUUAAUUUACUGCUUGGAAAAAUCUGCAAGUUGUUUCAGUCGUCUGAACUCAUUCAUUCAGGAAACACACCGACAAUUCCUUCCUGCUUCCUUUCUUUGGCUGUUGGUCGUGUUGUCAAAUCUGCGAAUGCAAUCGAAUGGUCAGCGUUCGAGACAAGAGUUAGAAAUGAGUGGCGUUCGUCAAGCACGGACGACAAGUUUCAUAAAACUGAAAGUUGUAUUGAUUAUGGUGUUGAGUUUUUUGUGCCAGUCUUGCUGCUCGGAAGUCCAGGUGUAUCGAUACGUGGACGACGCUGACAAUUUGAUCUCCAACGACGACUACUAUGCCUCACUACCUCCCUCAUCCAUUUACUCGUCCUUCGAACCCACCAAGUUCCGCCCGUCCCACCCGCCACCCACUCAACCUAAUACCCGCUACCCGGUGUAUAUUCGACCCACUCUCCUCCCUCCUCCGUCUCCUCCUCCCCCGCGAAGACCCGACCCGACCAUACCCCCGCCCCCAGUGGAAAUCACAACCUCCAUACAAACAGUCGAACCACCGCAACAUCCACCAACUCCCACGUCCGUUGGAUCAGCCUCUCAAGAAGAAGAUACUAGUUCGUCGCCGAGUGACCUGGAGGGUGGAAAUUCGGUGCGAGUGGAGAGACCAGUUUCUGAGGUGUUUCUCACCAAGGGGAACACGGAAGAGACGAUCCUCCCUCUCGGGUUGAGUGGAGAGGGAUCCGCGAUUCGGGACAUUGUCAUCUCUCAGGUCAUGGUCCGUAACGAGAGCGAGUUUAACCAUGUCGUCCUCCUCUGCAAUGCCUCGUACCCCGUGGAGUGGAGUUAUCAGGGAGUUGGUGCCCCGACGCUGUACACCACACAAAUCCGAACAUUUGGUAAUUUCUUUGACCCUCUGACCUAUGGGCAUUCCAGCAUCGUAGUCCUUGUUCAAGGUAGGUUGGACGAGAGGCAAACGGGGACUUAUAUUUGUAAGGGGAUUGAUCCAUCAACAGAAGAACUACGAACGGGCUUUCAUCUUUACUUCAAAGGAGAAUUUGGAUUCCCUUCGUUGCAAAAUGUGGUGAUUCAGCCUCCAGACAAUGAUUCAACGGUUAUGCUCCCUUGUCCGACCACUCACCCUGCAGCCACCAUCGGUCUCUACAAAGUAACGUCGUCUAAGGAGUCCAGAAAUCUAAAACUUCGAGGCUCAUUUGCUUACGAUCCAAGAAAUGGAUUUUCUGUAAAACUUUCCGAUAUGUCCAACCCCUUCGGAACCUAUAUUUGCAAAUUUAACGAUAUUGAAAGCAAUUGGAAAAUCCAGGUCGUUCCACCAAAAUAUGAAGAAGUGCAAGUAAUUCCUAACGGUACGGUUAUACAAAUGGACAAUUUGGCAAACCACAGUUUCAUGUGCAGAGCGAAAGAGCCAAUCCAACUAAUGCUUCCAAAUACUGUCGAUUUCGGACGUGUGGAAUAUUUUGAAAACUUUGAGCAUGAAUUCCCAUUUCUGGCAAAGCUUACAAUCACACCAAAUAUUCCACUGUUCUCGGUUGCCAACUAUUUCAAAGUCAAUUGUCAAUCUCGGAAAACAAGGAGGGUUCUGCACACUUGGGAAUACAGCAAUUUUGGGUCCGAAGUGAUCAGUGUGACCUACGACAAAGACCACAAACGUCUCCUUUGUUGCUCGAAAUCUGGGCUGACACCUCGUCACGAAAUGGCAAAGUGUGAAACUUUUACGGAUUGCAACAUCAAGAAGCAUUGUUUCCAAUCUGGUCGAUGUGAUUACGCAUUUCCUCCUCCGUUUGUGGACGCCCCACGUGGCUGCACAGCGAUCGAGUUCAUGGACGACUUUCCCAGCCACGUAAUGCGCUGCUCCGUGGGCCAGUUUUCUCAAACAAUGUUCGUGACCUCAAAUAUCGCGAAUGAUAAUUUGUUAAUUUAUGACGGUGGAGUUCCCAGUACGGAAGAGAUACUGAAAAUUUCCCAUGCAAAAUCGCCCAAACAUCACCGUGUCCACGUUCGUUGUGUCGCCAGCAUAUUCUACUUUUCUACAAAUAUCGUUUUCGCUUUCGAACAUGCGGAUGGAACACUAACAUUUGCCGACGAAGGUUUGAUAGAGAACGUUCACAGCUACGGCCCGACCUUGGUCUCCGUUGUGCCCCCAGACACGAAGCGAGUAAUUUGCUUCGCACCCCUCACAAGAUCCUCGGAAUGGAGAAAUGCUACCUUGGACAUUGAAUUCGCUGGUGAAAAAGGUAGGUCAGCACUUCCUGCCACCACCAGCCAGACGAGUGGUGACGACAGGGAGCAAGUCAGGAGCCCUCUUCAACUUGGUGGAGAGGAAGGCGAAGCAGAGGAUCCUCAAAGGAUUGUGACCUCAGUGAAGGCGUCCACUUCAGUCACCACGUUUCUACGAAAAAGGCAAGGUCAUCUCAUUCGAGUGAUGCAGGAUGUUUGAGAGGACGACAAUUAUUCACUACUCUAAAUCGAUCGUAAUGUUCUUAUAAAUACUUAACAUAUUGGAGUUGAGAGAUGCUAUCGCUUCCGUUGCCGUCAAACGUGGAAACUGUUUUUCCUUUGAAUAUAUCACAGGGCUAAUCGUGAUAUAAUUGUAGAAAAAUGCAAAUUUCAUAAGAAUCCACUCAUCCACAUGAUGAAUCUACUAGCUUGUGUAGGAAUGUCUCUUAUUUGUGGCGUGAUAAUAUACUAUUGAAUCCUCAUGAACCAUGACUGAUAUUUUUUUACUGUAUUUAUUGUGAAAAAUAAAACUGCAAACACGCAAAUAAAUAGCAUUUAUAUUUCCUAA